UGUUGAAUGACUCGCGCCCUCUGAAAAAGCCACUUCCUAAAUACAAGCUGUGCGCUCUUGGAAAAGUUGGGCAAGCUUGCUGACUUCAGGGAGACAUCUAGCUCUAGUCUGGUCUGGUGUCGGACUUCUUUUCAGGAAUGCAUCGGGAAGUGUGAGAAGCUGAAGAAGGAAGGAGCUCACUUUUCAUAUGUUCAUUUUUGGGUUACACCCAUUGUUAGGAGUGUUUUGUGUGAGAGUUAUGUUAGCCAGGCUGCUUCUCCAUGAAGUGACUUUAAACGCCACACCACGGACUUUCGAGGAUUUUUAAGACUGAAAAGAAGCUUCACAAGGACUUCUUCUGUGCCAUGGUCUGCAGCAGGGUGCUGUGGGGGGUGGUAGGGGCGGCUGUCCUCAUCACAUUAAUAACAGUCACAGCACUUUAUGUAAACAAGUCUGAUGGGAAGAGGCCGUUCACCAUCGAUGAUUACUUCAAUGACACCAUUAGGUGGAGAUCCUACAAUUUGUACUGGAUAUCAGACAAGGAGUAUCUGCAUAAAACAAGAGAUGGGAAUGUCUUCCUCCACAAUGCUGAAACUAAGGAGGAGUCACCAUAUUUGAGCAAUUCAACCUUUGCCCAGGUGGAUGCAACAGAUUACUUGUUAUCAGGAGAUUAUAAAUACAUUGCUUUUGAAAGCAACGUAACAAAGAAAUGGAGACAUUCCUUCACAGCCUCUUACUCCAUCUAUGACAGAAAGAAUUUAACAUUUGUUACGAAGAGUCUUCCAACUGUUGUGCAGUACUUUGCGUGGGCCUCAACAGGAAACAGAUAUGCUUACGUCGUAGAUUACAACAUUUUUGUCAGGUCUGACGUCAACGCUGAAGCUGUACAACUGACCCACAAUGGGAAAAAGAAUGAGAUCCUCAAUGGUAUCCCUGACUGGGUAUAUGAGGAGGAAGUAUUUGCAUCAAAUGGGGCAAUAUGGUGGUCCACAACCGGCAAACUUCUGGCUUACGCAGAGUUUAAUGAUACAAAUGUUCACAAAGUGGAGUUCCCCUGGUAUGGAUCUGAGCAAUACCCGGAGACAGUGUCUGUCCCAUACCCAAAGGCUGGGUCACCCCUUACCACGGUGAAACUGUAUGUGGUUGAUACGACAAAUCCAUCCCGCCGCUCUCAGGUGCUUCCUCCAGCUUCUGUUGCUUCUGGUGAUCACAUUUUGUGCUCAGUGAACUGGCUUACAGACGAACGCUUUGCUGUGCAGUGGCUCACCAGACAACAGAAUUACGUGGUUGUACAGAUUUAUGACUUUGAUGGAAGCAACUGGAGUGAAAGUCAGAAAUUUGAGCAAACCAGCAAGACGGGCUGGGUCGGCCAUUACGUACCCCUGCCUCUGUUCUUCGCUGAAGACAAACUCAGUUUCUACAAAGUGAUGAGUGAUACUCAGGGCUACAAACACAUUCAUUAUGUCAAAGAUGGCCAAGCAACACCUAUUACCUCAGGGAAGUGGGAAGUCAUCUACAUAUCCAAAUUAACAAAAGAUGCCAUAUAUUUUGUGAGUAAUGAGUACAAAGGAACACCUGUUAAGAGAAAUCUUUACAAGGUUAUGAUUGGAAGCAGCCCCUCGGCCCCUCAGUGCCUCACCUGCAGCCUGAAGGAGGACAGGUGUCAGUACAACUCUGCUUACUUCAGCUUUGACGCCUCAUACUACCGAAUGGACUGCUAUGGACCUGGGUUUCCCCUCUUCACACUCAUGGACAACACGGGGCCAGUCAAAGAGCUCUCUGUUCUUGAGGACAACAAGGAGCUGGAAAAUAUGCUGUCAGAAUUUCAAAUGCCAACUAUGCAGUAUGGCACACUGAAGAUCGCAGGAUUUGAUCUCUGGUAUCAAAUGAUGUUGCCACCAAAUUUCAAGAAGUCUAAAAAAUACCCCCUUCUCAUUGAUGUGUAUGGUGGCCCCUGUAGUCAGAGGGUGGACUAUCGCUUCAAGCUGAACUGGGGGACGUACCUCUCCAGCUCACACGGGAUCAUCUUCGCCAGCUUUGAUGGACGGGGAAGUGGUUAUCAAGGUGACGAAAUAUUGCACUCCAUCUACAAGCGCCUUGGGACGUUUGAAGUUGAAGAUCAGCUAACAGCUGUGAGGAAAUUCAUCGACAUGGGUUUUAUCGAUAAAGACAGAAUAGCGAUAUGGGGCUGGUCAUACGGUGGUUACGUCACCUCCAUGGCCCUGGGUGCUGGAAGUGGACUCUUAAAGUGUGGGAUAGCAGUUGCCCCAGUAGCCAAGUGGGAAUAUUAUGAUGCAGUGUACACUGAGCGCUACAUGGGCAAGCCCACUGAGAACUCAGAAUCCUACAAAAAUUCUUCAGUGACAGCCAGAGCUCAGAACUUCAAAACAGUGGACUAUCUGUUGGUUCACGGCACAGCAGAUGACAACGUCCAUUUCCAGCAAGCAGCUCAGAUCUCCAAAGCUCUGGUGGACAUGCAAGUGGACUUUGAAGCAAUGUGGUACACUGACAAGGACCACACACUCAGAGGAUCAGCCUACCAUCACACCUAUAACCUCAUGAGCCACUUCCUGCAGAAAUGCCUUGUUAAUCCCAAAUAGAUGUGAAAACUGUGACAACAUUUUGAUAGAACAUUACCGCAGGUUAUUUGUGUCUAAUUUGUGUAUGUUUUUGUGUAAGGUUCAUCCCUGUACAAUUGUUUUUAUGUGCAAUGGUGUCUCUAUUGCUCAUACAAAUGAGCAUUUAUAUUUUAUCUUUCAUUUUUUAUACAUACUAAAAGCCAUUGCAUGCAUUUAGGAUUUUUUGUUUAAUAUGGAAAUGAUGUCUGCAUUGCACUGCACUGAUUUGUUGUGGAGUGUUAAAAUAUGUGCUGCAGUAAUGUCCUUAUGGAAGAGAAAUAAACUUUGAGUUUAUUACA